CUCACACUCAUGAUGCAAUCACAGAGGCUGCUCAGCUGAUGAAGGAGGCAGUGGAUGAUAUAAUGGUUACACUGAAUGAAGCUGCCAGUGAAGUGGGCAUGGUUGGAGGUAUGGUAGACUCAAUAGCUGAGGCCAUGAGCAAGCUGGAUGAGGGCACACCUCCAGAUCCAAAGGGAACAUUUGUUGAUUAUCAGACUACGGUAGUGAAAUAUUCUAAAGCCAUUGCUGUAACAGCACAGGAAAUGAUAGGGUUCCAGAUCAGGACUCGGGUACAGGAUCUUGGUCAUGGAUGUAUCUUUCUAGUACAGAAAGCUGGAGCUCUACAGAUUUGCCCUACGGACAGCUACACCAAGAGGGAGUUGAUAGAAUGUGCUCGUGCUGUAACUGAAAAGGUUUCCUUAGUUCUGUCUGCCCUUCAAGCAGGAAACAAAGGGACUCAGGCUUGUAUCACUGCAGCUAGUGCUGUGUCGGGGAUAAUUGCAGAUCUGGACACAACUAUCAUGUUUGCUACAGCUGGAACCCUUAAUGCUGAGAAUAAUGAAUCAUUUGCGGAUCACAGGGAAAAUAUCCUGAAAACAGCAAAAGCUUUAGUUGAAGAUACAAAGUUGCUUGUGUCUGGGGCUGCCUCAAGUCAGGAUAAAUUAGCCCAAGCUGCUCAGUCAUCGGCUGCCACCAUCACACAACUAGCAGAGGUGGUAAAACUGGGAGCAGCCAGCCUGGGAUCAGAUGACCCUGAAACACAGGUUGUACUGAUCAAUGCUAUUAAGGAUGUUGCUAAGGCCCUUUCUGAUCUCAUUGGUGCUACAAAAGGAGCUGCUAGCAAACCAGCAGAUGAUCCAUCCAUGUACCAGCUCAAAGGUGCAGCUAAGGUGAUGGUAACCAAUGUCACAUCACUUCUGAAGACUGUUAAAGCAGUAGAAGAUGAAGCUACUCGAGGCACAAGAGCUCUCGAGGCCACGAUUGAGUACAUCAAACAGGAACUCACGGUAUUUCAGUCGAAGGAGAUUCCAGAAAAGACAUCAUCACCUGAAGAAUCGAUCCGGAUGACGAAAGGAAUCACCAUGGCAACUGCCAAAGCUGUUGCAGCUGGGAACUCAUGCAGACAGGAGGAUGUGAUUGCUACAGCGAAUCUGAGCCGCAAAGCAGUAGCUGAUAUGCUAACAGCUUGUAAGCAAGCUUCCUAUCACCCAGAUGUGAGUGAAGAUGUUCGAGCGAGAGCACUGCGAUUUGGAACGGAAUGUACCUUGGGAUACUUGGACCUCCUAGAACAUGUCCUUCUGAUUCUUCAGAAGCCAACUCCAGAGCUGAAGCAUCCGUUGGCUGCCUUCUCAAAGCGGGUUGCUUGUGCUGUGACAGAGCUUAUCCAGACAGCAGAAGCAAUGAAAGGCACAGAGUGGGUGGAUCCAGAGGACCCGACAGUCAUUGCUGAGACAGAGCUAUUGGGGGCUGCAGCUUCAAUUGAGGCUGCAGCAAAGAAGUUAGAGCAGUUGAAACCACGAGCCAAGCCAAAGCAAGCCGAUGAGACUCUGGAUUUUGAAGAACAGAUCCUGGAAGCAGCUAAGUCCAUUGCAGCUGCUACCAGUGCCCUAGUCAAGUCAGCCUCGGCAGCCCAGAGGGAGCUGGUGGCACAGGGAAAGGUUGGAGCUAUCCCUGCAAAUGCAGCUGAUGAUGGACAGUGGUCUCAGGGACUUAUUUCCGCUGCCCGAAUGGUGGCAGCUGCAACCAGCAAUCUGUGUGAGGCAGCUAAUGCCUCGGUACAAGGUCAUGCUAGCGAGGAGAAACUCAUCUCAUCUGCCAAACAAGUUGCGGCUUCUACAGCACAGUUACUUGUGGCGUGCAAAGUGAAGGCUGAUCAAGACUCCGAGGCCAUGAGAAGACUACAGGCUGCUGGGAAUGCUGUUAAACGAGCAUCUGACAAUCUUGUCAGGGCAGCCCAGAAAGCAGCAUUUAGGAAAGCGGACGACGAUGAUGUGGUGGUCAAAACCAAGUUUGUUGGUGGCAUCGCUCAGAUCAUUGCAGCCCAGGAGGAAAUGCUGAAGAAGGAAAGAGAGCUGGAAGAGGCAAGGAAAAAACUGGCUCAGAUCCGCCAGCAGCAGUAUAAAUUUCUCCCCACAGAACUGAGAGAAGAUGAGGGCUAAACUGCUGAGAUGUUUUAAUGAAAUGAGCUCAAGGGGGACAGUACAGAGAGAACUAACCUGACAGCAUUCUGAUAUGCCAAGCACUUACCUAAACAAAUUGCCUGUAAUAGCUUUAGGUGAGCAGAGAACAAUAAAAGUUUGUUCUUUCUCAUCUGUUCACGUAAGGUGCGUGCUCAUCAAACAGAUGGUACAGUGUUAAGUCCACCAUUCCUGUUCCUUCCUUCCCUGACUCACUGUAUCUCAGGAGAGAAUGCCUCACUUUUUACAGAAGGUUAUAAAAUCAGUAUUACGUCAUUACCUUAAGCUUGAUCUAUUUAUUGUUCCUUGACCUGUUGUAAGACUUUGUUAAUAUUAAUAGGAGAACCAUUUAUCAUAGCUAUCUACCACUAUGGAGCCAGGGGAUUAUUUUUCCUUCAACAAGAAGACCAAGAUUAAGGUGAAUAUUUAUUUGAGAGGAAAAAGGUACCUGCGCGUGGGUUCUCGAGAUUGUGUCC